AAAGAAUAAUUAUGUAGUUCAUAAAUGUAAAAACCCCUACUCAGGAACUAAAUGCACUGUACUGUUGUUGCUCAAUGUUUUACUCGUCAUCGUCGCUCCUGCCUUUAGCUUAGCUGGCAGAUGUGUCAAUCAUUACAUCGCUGUGGAGAUAGGUCUGCAAUGCGAGACUAGUCAGUCAUUAACAUGGAUUGAACGGACUCCGACUGUUAUCUUUCACAUGGCAGGGCGGUGGAAAAGUAACUUAUCGGACGGUUACAUGAGUGGACUAAGCUCCUGUCCCCAGCUUCAUCACAACAGAAAAAGGGAAAGCUAGCAGUGACCAUGGAGGCUGGAUUUCACUCUCUCUUCCCCAGAGCUGGCCAGCUGCCUUGGUUGCUUCUGACUCUGUUGACAUCAUGGACAGUCUUGUGUUCACCAGAUAUAAAGCAGACAAGAUGGCCAUUAUAUUCCCAGAAGCCAGUUCUUCUUGCCUGGAAUGCCCCAACACAGGAGUGUGCCCCGCGACAUCGCGUAACUUUAUCUUUGGACCAGUUUGACAUUGUGGCAUCCCCCAAUGAGGGCUUUGUCCGGCAGAACCUCACUAUUUUCUAUAAGGAGCGCCUUGGGUUGUAUCCCUAUUAUGAGCGUGGUGGCACUGCAGUGAAUGGAGGUCUUCCACAGCUUGCCAGCCUCACUCAGCACUAUGAAAAGAUGCCUGAAGGUUUGCAAAAAUAUAUACGUGAGCCAGAGGCAAAAGGUUUGGCUGUAAUUGACUGGGAGGAGUGGCGACCAUUGUGGAUCCGAAAUUGGGAUAUUAAAGAUAUAUAUCGAAAUAAAUCUCGUGAAAUGGUGGCCAAAAAGAACCCUAAGUGGACCCCAGAACAAGUGGGAAAAGUUGCACAGCAGGAAUUUGAGCUAUCAGCUCGCAAAUUUAUGCUGGAGACUCUGAAAUUUGCCAAGAAUUUGAGGCCAAAUCAACUGUGGGGCUUCUACCUGUUUCCAGAUUGUUACAACCAUGACUACAGGAGUGGUCUGAAGAACUACACAGGCCGCUGUCCUGUUGUGGAGAUGGCCCGCAAUGAUCAACUGAACUGGUUAUGGAUGGAAUGUACAGCGUUCUUCCCAUCUAUAUACAUAGGUUCUGUACUAGGCUCUACAAAUGAUGGACGCCUCUUUGUCCGAAACAGGCUAAAGGAGGCAAUGCGCCUGGCAUCUGUUGGGGAUGGAUUAGCACGACCUGUUUUUGUUUAUACCCGCCCUACAUACAUCAAUCAGAUGACCCUCCUAAGUCAGACAGAUCUGGUCUCCACCAUUGGUGAGAGUGUUGCACUCGGAGCAGCAGGUGUAAUUUUUUGGGGGGACACCUCCUAUGCAAGCAGCAGUGCCAGCUGCUCCAUCCUGAAUGAGUAUCUUCAGGAACAACUGGGCCGGUACCUCCUCAAUGUGUCUACAGCAGCAGAAAAGUGCAGUCAGAUGGUGUGUAAAUCACACGGCCGCUGUCUGCGCAAAAUACCAGACAAUGAAGUGUACCUGCAUCUCAGUCCUUUAACGCACAGCAUCACCAGUCAGGGGGGCCGGCUGAAGGUUACAGGCGUGCCUGGCCAAGCAGAGCUGGCUCAUUUCCGCACACACUUCCAGUGCCAAUGCUACAGUGGGUACAGGGGUGAGGCCUGUGCUCAGAAAGAAAAAGGGCAGAAUAGAGCCUCCUCUGUCUUAGGGACCUGGCCUCUUUGCCUUUUACUCCCACUAGGACUCCUCACUCUGCUACACUGAGGAAACUGAGAAGCCUCAAACUAUUCACUGCUUCUGCCAGCCCUGAAAAGAACAGUUCAGACUUUUCAACAAAAAGGUGGUAAUGUACUGCUCACUAGUGAUGCUGAUGCAUUGACAACAGCUGACAGUCACUUUGGUCAUCAGAGAUCUCCUAUUAUGCUGGGAGCUUUUUAAUCCCAGCGCACAGGCCUAUCUAACAGAAAUAUUUGUGUCUGGUGAGCUCCUGCACUGGCAGAGCUCCAACCUCAUGACCGCCUCUGGACCUAAUGUCCAUCGAACAAUAUUGCAACUGGUAAUGAACUUUUACCAGUAAUUAUGUCAAAGAUCUGAUCUGUAAAAAGGUGUCUGUCAUGCUCCAUGCUGACCCUGACCUCCAGAUGAGAUGUAAACCAUCACUGAAAAAAGACUGCUUAACCUAAACGUUUACAUUUUUUUUAAUGAUGGACACAACAUAAAACAUUAGUCUUAAGCAAAAAAUGGAAGAAAGGUACAUUUGGUGCUUAGCAACAUACAGUGCAGUGUUGACAAGUUGUUGCAUCAUAAAAGGACAACUUUAUAUAUUUACUAUGCAGUUCAAUACUGAUGUCCACUUCAAACAUAGUUUGUAUCUUUUGGUAGAUUAAGCUAAUGGAUGUUAGCUUAAUGAAUGAAAUGUAAAUAGUUAAUUAUGCUCGAUAGAGAUAAAUUAUGAGAAUAUUUUUGGCUAAUAGAAACAACAUGGCUGGACCUGCCUGUUUCAGUUCCAAAUGGUGCCUUACCUGUGCUAUAAAGUGCUCUUUUUAUGGUUGCGUUUGUUUUACAAGUUGCGACUGUUGAGGUUUUUACACCAGUGUUCUUAGCCCUUUCAAUUAUAAAGUGUUACUCUAAGCACAUGUCUUGUUUACUCUUAUUUAAUAUGUAAGGGAUUCUUUUGACAUGGUUGUGUUUAUGUUCAAAUAAAAAAAUGGCUAAUGCUGUUA